GAUAUGUAGAGAGAGAAAGAGAAAGGAUUCCCCUUUACAAACAAAAGCAUUUGGGAGGAGUGCGUGCUUGUGUGCUCACAGCCCAGACUCGUGUGUGGCUCCGAUGCUGCACAUACAGAGAAAACACGACAGUUGUUUUUGUCUGCAUGCUUCUUCAUAUUCGGCAUUGCUCGCUUUGGAGGAGUUCAUCACACUCAGCCUGACUGAGACGCGCCUGCAGCUCUCCGGGAGAUAAUGCGCACAUUUUAGAGCAGACAACUCGACCACAAAUUACCAGGAUGCUGUCGCCGGAGUCAUCUGCAGGGAUUUGGUGACCCACUUGCAAUAUGACAGGGCAAGUCCUGAGGGAACCAGGUGGCACUGCCAUCCGUAUCAACGUGGGAGGCUUCAAGAAGCGUCUCCACACGGACACGCUCUCCCGGUUCCCAGAGACAAGGCUUGCGCGUCUUCUUCAGUGCCAGUCGAGGGAGUCCAUACUGGAGCUGUGUGACGACUAUGAUGACACAGAGAAGGAGUUUUACUUCGACAGGAACCCUGCACUUUUCCCCUACGUGUUGAAUUUCUACAACACAGGUCGGCUGCAUGUCAUGGCCGAGCUGUGCAUCUUCUCAUUCAGCCAGGAAAUUGAGUACUGGGGAAUCAAUGAGUUCUUCAUUGACUCCUGCUGCAGUGGCGCCUAUCACUGUAGGAAAAUGGACCAGGACCGAGAGGAAUGGGACGACAAGAGUGAUGAAGGUAGCACCACUUCAUCAUUUGAUGAGCUUCUGGAGUUUUACAAUGAUGCCACUAAAUUCGACAAGCAGCCGCUGGGAAGCACACGCAGGCGCGUCUGGCUGAUGCUGGACAAUCCAGGCUACUCUGGAGCCAGCCGCAUCAUCAGUAUCCUCUCCAUCCUGGUGGUGCUCGGCUCCAUCGCCACCAUGUGUAUGAACAGCAUGAGCGAGUUCAGCCUGAUGGACAGAGAGGGCCGACCCACGGAGGACCCCCGCUUUGAGAUAGUCGAACACUUUGGCAUCGCUUGGUUCACCUUGGAGUUGGUGGCCAGGUUUGCGGUGGCGCCAGACCUGGUGCACUUUUUCGAGCACCCAUUAAACGUGAUCGACUUAGUGUCCAUACUUCCCUUUUACCUGACACUCGUCAUCAAUCUCGUAGUGGAGAGCAGCCCUGCCCUCGCCAACCUGGGCCGAGUGGCACAAGUGCUUCGGCUCAUGAGGAUUUUCCGGAUCCUGAAGCUGGCCCGCCACUCCACCGGGCUGCGUUCCCUGGGGGCCACCCUGAGGAACAGCUACAAGGAGGUGGGUCUGCUGCUUCUCUAUUUGGCAGUGGGAGUGUCUUUUUUCUCUGUCAUGGCCUACACAGUAGAGAACGAGGACAGUGAGGAUCUGUCCACCAUCCCGGCGUGCUGGUGGUGGGCCACGGUCAGCAUGACCACAGUUGGCUAUGGAGACGUGGUGCCCUUGUCUUUAGCGGGAAAGCUGACAGCCUCAGCUUGCAUCUUGGCGGGGAUCUUAGUAGUGGUGCUUCCCAUCACACUCAUUUUCAAUAAAUUCUCCCUCUUUUACAAGAGACAAAAACAGCUGGAGAUUGCAAUGCGAAGCUGCGAUUUCGACGAGGGCAUAAAAGAGGUGCCCUCGGUCAACCUGAGGAACUAUUACGCACACAAAGUGAAGUCUCUCAUGGCCAGCCUGUCAAACAUGAGCCGGAGUUCACCCAGUGAACACAGUUUGAACGAGUCAAUACACUGAAGCUGGUCUUGUAUGAUGAUGAGCUGUCCCAGGUGCUGAAACAUUGAGCACCAAAGACAGUAUUCCUCCCGUCAUGUUGGAAAUAGGGUUGCAAAGUGGCAGGGAUUUACAGGCGCAAAUUCCAUGGGAUUUUGGAUUCUUCUCCCUCAAUUAAAAUUAGAAUUAAUGAGAAUGAAUUGGACAUUUGGGGUGAUUUAUAUGAGCUGCAUUUCAUCCGAUCAUAAUGACAAUAUUUUUAAAUAAUCCUUUGGAAAUUACUUGGUUGCAAAAAGUAGUGAACUAAAGUAUAUAUUUUUUAAUUUGCGUAUGAGUAUUUUUUUUUAUUAUUAUUUUCUUCUUUCAUCACUGCAUAAGCUAUCAAUCAAUUUCUACACAUGUACUAUACUUUUCUGUGUAAUUGGAAAAUGGUGACACUUAAACACAGGAAGUAAACAAACUUUAAAUGACAAAAUGUAAACAAAUGAAGUGGUGCCUCAGUUUUUAUUCAUUUGUCCCAAAAGGUUUGAUGAAACCCGAAAUGUAUGAAAACCAAGGCAAUUUUUCCCAUAGAACUUAAUGUAAAUCCAAUUAAUCCGCCCAAAAAUAUGAACAUAAAAUUAAUUUUAUAGAGAAUAAUUCUAGUAAUUUACAUGCAGAAAACAAUGCAAAAUAAUAAAAUAUAUAAAUGAUGAAUGGAUGGUACUUAUUGUUGACACGGACUUCCCGUACAACCUGGCGAGAUCAAAUUAGAAAGCGUUUCUCACUUUAUCAAUUUGCUGGCACUCGCAACUUUCUUUGGCCCCAUGGUGGGUUAUUUAGCAGUUGUACUCAAUAAAAAAAUGCACAGACAGUGAGUCAGCAACGCGUAGGGCGAUUUGUUUGGGCACUCGGUUUUGUGGAACAAUACAAUACCGGGCUAAUGGAUUACUCUGUUAAACAAGCAGCGUACGAAAACCGAGGCAAUAUUUUGGCAAAAUUUUUCAACAAAAACCCAAUCAUACGGAAACUGGUGGUGUGACAGUCAUAGAUAAAAUAAGCUAAAAUACAUCAUGUAUAAUAAUGUAAAUCAUGCAAAAAAACAGAAAAAUAUGCAAAUGACAGUGCACGAGUAGCUUAGAUCACGAAUGUCCACAUCAGGGGCCACAUUCAGAAAACUUAAACGAUAUGGGGGGCCAUUUUAGUAUUCCAUUUUUAAAAUUUUAUUUAAAUUCUUUUUUUAAAACACGCUAAAACCCUCCAGUUUAGGUCAUGAAAAGCUAAGCUGCUGAAUAGAAAUCAACAGUUAUUAUUGUUAGUGUGCUAUCUUGUUCAACUUUUGCACUUUUCAAUGUGAGCCUAGUCAUAAUGUUUUAUGUUUAAUUUUGUAUAGAAUAUUGCCUGGGGAUCCAUAAAAGUCAAGCUGUGCGAUGCCGCAAAUGGCCCCCAGGAUGCACUUUGGACACUGCUGGCUUAGAUUUACACCAGGGGUCAGGAACCAAUUAGCUCAGGAGCCAGAUGUGGCUCUUUUGAUGUCUUCAUCUGGCUCUCAGACAUUUCUUAACACGAUACAAUGUAUUUAUUUAAAAAUGUUUUAACUGACAUGUAAAAAUAAGUCAUUACAGAAAUCACAGUGUUAAAAAUAGCGUUCAUUAUAUGAAACCUUCUUAUGCAUUUAAUCCAUCCAUCAAUUUUCUACCGUAAUGCGGGUGGCCAGAGCCAAUGCCAGCUGUCCUUCUGAUAUUUUCCGGGUUACACACCAAAACUUGAUUAAUACCAAAUAAUGUGGUAGCCUGCCUGCGUAGCUGAGAUGUCAAGAAGUAAACUUCCCUCCUUUAAUCAAAUUGUCAAAUUGAAAAAGUGUUUGUCCCCUUCUUGAUUUCUUAUUUUUUGCAUGUUUGUCACACUUAAAUGUUUCAGAUCAUCAAACAAAUUAAACUGUUACUCAAUGACAACACAACAAAAUGCAGUUUUGAAAUAAAACCCUUUAUUAUUAAGGGGAGUAAAAAAAUCCAAACCUACAUGACCCUGUGUGAAAAAGUGAUUGCACCCACACAGGUCAGUGUUCAUGACUCCACCAUAAGAAAGACACUGCGCAACAACGGCCUGCAUGGCAGAGUUCCAAGACAAAAACCACUGCUGAACAAAAAGAACAUUAAGGUUCAUCUCAAUUUUGCUAGAAAACAUAUUUAUGAUCCCCAAGACCUUUGGGAAAAUACUCUGUGGUCUGACCAGACAAAAGUUGAACGUUUUGGAAGGUGUGUGUCUCACAUUUAUCAUAAAAGUAAUGCCGCUUUUAAGAAAAAGGACAUAUACCAACAGUAAAAUAUGGUGGUGGUAGUGUGAUGGUGUGGGGUUGUUUUGCUGCUUCAGGGCCUGGAAGACUUGCUGUGAUAAAUGGACCCAUGAAUUCUGCUGUCUACCAAAAAAUCCUGAAGGAGAAUGACCGGCCAUCUGUUUGUGACCUCAAGCUGAAACAAACUUGGCUCUGCAGCAGGAAAAUUAUCCAAAACACACUAGCAAGUCCACCUUUGAAUGGCUGAAGAAACACAAAAUGAAGACUUUGGAGUGGCCUACUCAAAUAGUUAAUUUCCCCGCUGUGGGAUAAAUAAAGUACAUACAAAAAGUCCUGACCUGAAUCCUAUUGAGAUGCUAUGACAUGACCUUAAAAAGGCGGUUCAUGCUGGAAAACCUUCCAGUGUGGCAGAAUUACAACAAUUCUGCAAAGAUGAGUGGGCCAAAAUUCCUCAGCAGCGCUGUAAAAAACUCAUUGCAAGUUAUCGCAAAUGGUUUGGAUUUUUCUCUCCCUUUAUAAUAAAAAGUUUCAUUUAAAAACUGCAUUUUGUGUUCAGUUGUGUUGUCAUUGAAUAAUAUUUAAAUUUGUUUGAUGAUUGAACAUUUAAGUGUGACAAAUGUGCAGAAAAAUAAGAAAUCAGUAAGCGGGCAAACACAUUUCACACCACUGUACAUUAACAAUAUCACCACUCUCAUAGAUACACACUGUUUUGUCACAAGCAGACAUGCAUGAUGACAGAUAUUUUAACGAUGACCUUUUGAUUAAUCUCAUUGAAUUCUUUAUUGACCUUACUAACAUACUGUACUAUGACCGAGACUUACUGUACUUGACCGGAUGUAUUCUUUUGGUUGAUAUGCAGUGCAUUGGGUAUGCAGAUUAAAUGGCACAGCAAUAUGUAGUGAGACUUUCUAUAAACUAACCUGCAGUUAAUUAAUUAAAAUUCCCAUGUAUUCCAUUCAUUCCCAUAAAUUCCUUUUAAUUUCCAUGGACAGUUUUUCACCUUCGAAGACUGCUUCAAUUUUGCAACCCUCCCUGCAUCUCUGUAGCUGCGUGCAAUAACCUGUGUUAGUUCUCAGUGGAAAUAACAACAAAUAUAGUGGAGCUUGAGUAUAACGACCCACUGUGCACAAACAGUAUUUGACAAAAACAAAUUGAAAAAGAUAUGUGGUUGUUUUCAGUCUUAUAUAUGUAGUCCUCCAUCUCUACUUGUUGUUAUAGCAAAUGUAUCUGAAGUAAAUUGUAAACAUCAGUCAAAUGUGAUAUUGUGGUUUUGCAGCACCAUGACUUCAGAUGUGUGUGUAUCAUGCAAAGUGAAUUAAACAAGGAGAACAUGAA